AUGACCAUCCCAGCUUCCUCUAUCCAUGACUCAAGUCUUCCAGUCAAAGACCGGAUGGAAGCGUUGAUCCGGUUGAAACAACAGGAAAUCACCCAAGGUCUUGAAUCAUUGGACACUGUCAAAUUCAAAGUUGAUAAAUGGUCUAGAGGUGACAAUGGUGGUGGAGGAGAGUCCAUGGUAUUAGUUGACGGUGAAACUUUCGAAAAAGGUGGUGUCAACAUAUCUGUUGUUCACGGUACUCUACCUCCAGAAGCCGUUGUUAGAAUGAGAGUGGAUCAUAAAAGCUUAGCCACUAAUGAAGGUUCAGUUAAAUUCUUUGCUUGUGGAUUAAGUAUGGUCAUUCACCCUAAUAAUCCUCAUGCGCCUACAACCCAUGCCAAUUAUCGUUAUUUUGAAACUUCUGAUCCUACCACAGGGAAAGUUAAUUCGUGGUGGUUUGGUGGAGGUGCAGAUUUAACUCCAUCUUACUUAUAUCCGGAAGAUGCUCAAUUGUUCCAUCAACAACAUAAAGAUGCUGUGGAUAAAUACGAUACGUCUCUUUAUCCUAAGUGGAAGAAAUGGUGUGAUGAAUACUUUUAUAUCACGCAUAGAGGUGAAACCAGAGGUGUUGGAGGUAUUUUCUUUGAUGAUUUUGAUGAUAAACCAGCAGAUGAAAUCUUACACAUUGUUGAAUCCUGUUUCGAUGCCUUCCUUCCAGCUUACUUACCCACCAUUGCUCGUCGUAAAGAUACUCCAUUCACAGAAGCUCAAAAACAAUGGCAACAAAUUCGUAGAGGUAGAUAUGUGGAAUUCAACUUGGUCUUAGAUAGAGGUACCAAGUUCGGCUUACAAACGCCUGGAUCUCGGGUAGAAAGUAUUUUAAUGUCUUUACCUCGUACAGCUUCAUGGCUAUACGAUCACCAUCCAGAGCAAGGUUCCGAAGAGGCCAAACUUGUUGAGGUAUUGAAGAAUCCUAUUGAUUGGGUUUAG